AUGAGCUCCCCGAAACCUCAGCCGAAUGAGGAGGUCCUACCAGAUGCUCAAGGGGAUUCCGAGGACUUCUGCACAGAAACCAUCACCAAUCGAGUUUGGUAUCGAACGGUCUUUUUUCAAGCCACAGUGAUUGGUCUUUGCGCCUUCUUCGCUCCAGGCCUGUAUAAUGCCAUGCAAUCAACUGGCGCUGGUGGACAACAAACGCCGUAUCUCGUAAUGUCCGCAAACGCUGUCUUGGGCGUGAUGAUGGUUGUUACAUGUUCUCUGGGGAGCGUGAUGGCCAACAAGAUCGGACUCAAGAAUGCAUUGAUAUUCGGCACCACAGGAUAUGCCAUCUAUUCCGCAUCACUCUACACCAACAACAGGUAUGGGACAGAGUGGUUCGUAUAUGUUGGUUCCGCGGCUUGUGGCAUUACUGCUGGCAUUUUCUGGGCCGCCGAGGGCGCAAUCAUGAUCAGCUACCCAGAAGAUGAGAAGCGUGGAAGAUAUCUGGCAUACUGGCUUGCUUAUCGCAAUGGAGGCUCUAUCGUUGGCGGCGCCAUCAACCUAGCUUUCAACUCAACCGGGAAAACCACAGGCAAGCUGGACUGGAGAACAUACGUAGUCUUUGUCGCCUUACAAUGCCUUGGCCCUUUUGUGGCAUUACUUCUUUCACCACCGGAAAAGGUUCAACGUCAGGACGGCAAGCCAGUUGCCAAAGCAGAGCGUAUCCCGACUGUGAACGAGCUGAAGGCCGUUGCGAAAAUUCUAGUUCGGAGCGACUUUCUCCUAGUCUUCCCGUUCUUCUUCUACGCAACGUUCCUCCUCUCUUAUGCAGGUUCCUUCCUUUCCCUCUACUUCUCCGUACGAUCUCGCGCUCUUGCUUCGCUUGUGUCAGCCUUGGCACAGAUUACAGCCAACUUCUUCUUUGGUCACUUCCUUGACUGGACAAGGUUCACAAUCAAUCAACGCGCCAGAUUUGCUUAUAUCGGAAUGAUGGCCUUGUUCGGCGGGACCUGGAUAUGGGCGACCAUCAUCCAGAGAGAGUACGGCCAGCAGGCGCCAGCUUUGGAUUGGUCUGACAGUGGCUUUGGCCGAGGUUGGGCACUUUACAUACUCUUGCAGGUUAACUUUGCACUGGCAUAUAAUUACGGAUAUUGGCUAGCUGGCUAUAUGGCGCGGGGUCCAGCCGAGAUCAUUCGCUUCACAUCAACCGUUCGUGCCGUUGAAGCUGCAGGUGGUGCAGUGGCUUCCGGCAUCAGCUCUACACGUGCGCCCCUGUUAGCGGCUGUUGGAGUCAACUUCGGUGUCUGGGGAUUGGCACUUGUCCCGACUUAUAUCGUCGUUCACUCUUUGGAUCUCAAGCAAACUCAGUCGAGCUCGGGAGAAGAGCCUGACAAGUCUUUGGCGCGUGUUUGA